AUUUCCAUGCCAAAUUUAAAGUAACUUUUUUUUUUAUCUAACAUUACAAAAAAUUUCAUUUUCAUUGUACAAGCAAAAAUGUGAGAUCAAACAUAAUAAAACUAAAAUUUCUCUCUACUUUAAGCCGUGCAUAUUUUUUUAAGAAAUAAAGCAAUUUUGUGUGUGAGAAAAAAAUAAUCUACGGGUUUUUUCUUCGAUAUCGUGUUCUCAAUGUAGCAGAAAUCAGAUAAAUGGCACUUUGAAUCUAAAAAUAGAUGAGCUCAACGCACAAGUCAAAAGAUAUGAGAAAACGGUGUGCAUUUUAAAUUAAAAAAAAAAAAAAACAAAAUUACCGUUUUUAAUUCGGUUUUAGUGUUUUCAAGAAAAUUAAGUAAAUUAUAAAUGAGUGGAAAAUGACGUGAAGCUACAGAAAUUUUUCGAAACGAACAAAAAGCAACAUUUUUUGGGUGGGAAAGCACAAUUAUAUGUAUACAAAUGCACGAAUAUAUAAUAUGAAUAUACAAGCGAUAUGAUUGCGAGAGGGUUUGUGGGGUGAGAUACGAAAAUAAAAGAGUGGAUUUAACGAGACAUGACUCUCGCUUUUUUUUAAUUUUACUACGUCGAAAUGUAAUUAUAAUUAAAAUGAAAGAAGAGUGUACUUUAAUGCAUGUGCGACAUUGAAACUAUAUCGUGGUGCAGAUAUGAGGUCAUAAAAAACAGACUUUAAUUAUUUAUAUCAAGAAAAUUCGAGAUUACAUUCCUUUUUUGUCUCGAGAAAAAAAAAACACCACACACACCUCUGGAAAUUCUUCAAAUGUUGUUAGCACUUGAUAUUUGGCGUGAAUAUAACAUGAAAGAAACAUGAAAUUCAAAAUUAAAUAGAUUCGACGAAAAGCUUUUUAGCUAUUUCCGUGCAAUGAAUUCAUAGAUAUAAGCCACAAAGUUGUAAAUCAGAUAUAAGCAACAUUGUACUCGAACGACGAGAGAGAGAGACUAAGAAUGAAAAAAUGUUGAGUGUCGAGAAAUAAUUCCAUUUACGGAUAAGCCAUGCAAAGUAUUUUCAGUGGUGCAACCAAAAACCACACGGACUACAUAAGUUAUUCGGAUGGAAAGUGUGAAAUUCCGCUUUCAACAAAAUAGUUCACGUUCAUAUUUAGCAUCUAGCUAUUUAAUAUUGCAGCGAAUUGUGAAUAAUAACCCUUAAAUUCCAAUAAAAAAUGGUUUGGAAAUAUUUUCAUAACAUUGUGCAAAUUUAGCUUAACCGAUCAAAAUUUUAAGACCAAACGAACAAACCAAACGGAAACAAAAAAGCCAUCACCACCAAAAUGUUGAGUCCAAAAAUGCAAAGGAAUGUUCGUGUGAACGACAAUCAGCUACUGCAUUUAGCGGAUCGAGCAACAUACGACCACUCAAUGCGUGGACAUCUCCAAAAGCGGACUUCUGAUUGUAAUCGCUGGCAAAUGCGAUGGUUUGUUCUCUACCAGAACCUUUUAUUUUAUUACGAUAAUGAAAACUCAACGAAACCAUCUGGAAUAAUAUUUCUUGAGGGUUCAUAUUGUGAACGAUUGACAACACCGCCGUCAUGUGUUGGAUCACCAGUGGCAAAAUCAUCGCAAAAAGAAGAAAAAUUACAGCAUUGCUUUACAAUUUCCUAUCGACGCGAACACCAUCGAAACUAUGAACUGAAAGCGGCCCAUGAGUCUGAAUGCAAUGCGUGGAUCGGUGCGAUAAGGGAGGCAAGCUUCAAUAAAUUGUUGUUGCAAAAAGAAGAACUAGAGCAGAAACAUGUUCAUUUAUUGCAAGUUGUGGAAAGUGAGAGAACAUCAAAAUGGCAAUACACUCAGCAAUGUGAAGAAUUAUCAACGGAAAUUAAAAAACUACGAAAUGAGAUUUUCAGUUUGCGAAAAGAGUAUUCAAAGCGUCCAUCGAUUUGCAUAAGUCCAGUUAAGUUUCGUCGCGAAAGUUUUGGAAGUAAUAUAGCCGCUAAUGCCAAUGGGAGUGAUAUUGUUGGCGGAGUUGGAUCGGCAUGUACAAGUUCCCGGGGAAGUAUAACUGCUGAAACGAGUCGUGUUUAUUGUCCGCGUAAUGAUUGUUGGCACAUUCAUGAGAACCAAGAACCGGCCGAAUUGAAGAAAAUAAAAAAGGUUCAGUCGUUCUUCCGGGGCUGGCUCUGCCGAAGGCGAUGGAAACAAAUUGUCGAUGAAUAUAUCAAUUCACCGCAUGCGGAAAGUAUGCGAAGACGUAAUAGUUUGGUAUUUAGCAUGGUUGAAAGCGAAGAGGAGUAUUGCGAACAGCUUGAAGUGUUGGUCUCAUGUUUUUUGCGACCAUUCAAAAUGGCUGCAAGUUCCAAACGGCCACCUCUGACUCACGAAGAUGUCAAUUCGAUAUUUCUAAAUUCCGAAACAGUAUUGUUUCUUCAUCAAAUUUUCUUGAAAGGACUCACGUCUCGGUUGGAGUCGUGGCCAACAUUAGUUUUGGGCGAUUUAUUCGAUAUGCUGCUGCCAAUGUUGAGCAUCUAUCAAGAAUAUGUGCGAAAUCAUCACUAUUCAUUGCAAGUGCUCACUGAAUGUAAGAGCCGAAGUGAGUUUUCAAUUGUAUUGCGACGUUUGGAAUCCAAGCCAGCUUGCAAAGGACGUUCAUUGGAAAUGUUCCUAACAUACCCAAUGAGUCAGAUUCCAAGAUAUAUCAUCACAUUGCACGAAUUAUUGGCGCACACACCAUUUGACCAUGUAGAGCGAAAGAGUCUUUGUAAUGCGCGCCAGCAAUUAGAAGAUUUAUCACGUCAAAUGCACGAUGAAGUGUCUGAAACAGAAAAUUUACGCAAGAAUCUAGCCGUCGAACGUAUGAUUGUUGAGGGUUGCGAUAUAUUGCUCGAUGUAAAUCAAGUAUUCGUACGCCAAGGAAGUCUUAUUCAAGUACCCGAGGGUAAAUCACCAUUUCGUCGUCGUCUAUCAUCAACAUUCAAGAGUGAACGCGAGGCGGUGCGCCAAUGUUUUUUAUUUUCUAAUUACAUGAUAAUUGCCAAUAGAACGUCGGGAGGACGAUUACAUUUGUUGCAAGAUGUUGGCAAAAUACCCUUGGCAGAUGCAACAUUGAUUGAAGAACCAAAUGAUUCGGACCGAGAAGACGACGCCGAAACCGACGUUUUAUCGCAGCGAACGUUUCGUAGUAGUCUAAGUGUAAAUGAAACAAUGUGUACGGGGAAUCGUGAUUUUAAAAUAAUGGUUGUAACUAAAUCAGAUGCAAGGCAUUGUAUUCAUUUGGUUGCACCAACGGUACAAGACAAGGAAGCGUGGAUCAGCGACAUAUCGCAAUGCAUUGAUAAUAUUCAUCUGCACACAAUGCUCUCGCCAACAACUGAAUCAAUCGCUUCUUCUAUAGGUCCACAGCUAACACUGCACUCCGAUCCAAGGCUCUUCACGGACGAUAUAGAUAUAAGAUUUUCUCGAACUUUAAAUUCCUGUAAAUUACCGCAAGUGCGAUAUGCAACACCCGAACGUCUACUACAACGUUUAACAGAUUUAAGGUUUCUCUCGAUUGAUUUUCUCAACACAUUUUUGCUGACGUAUCGAGUAUUCAGCAGCGCUCAAGAAGUGUUGCAGGCAUUGAAAGAUGUCUUUGACGCGGCACAGCCAAAUGGAGAUGAAACUCAAGAGCAAAUAAACGAACGCCUUAAUAUACCAAAAGGUGAGGAGAAUAUAAUGCCUCGUCGAACAUCGGGAGCGAGCUCUGUUUCAGGCUAUUGUUCUGAAGUUGGUGACCGUGAUCGGUCAAUGAGUACAGAUUCAACUGCUUUGAAAUUGAAAUUAAGCACCAUUGAUCAAGACACGAAUGAAAAUAACUCUGAUGAUACGCCACCAAUUACGCAAACCACAACAACUGUUGAAAUUUCCGUACAUCAAGAGACACCGACAACGCCACCAGCUCAUUCAGGUUUCUCGCCAACUACAAUAAUAACCACUUCAAGCAGUGUGGAUACAUUAAACGGAACUACGCUCAAUUUAUUAAGUGGACCAUCGUCUCCAUCGAAUUUAAGUAGCGUUACACUUGUCGGUUCGACCGGAUCCGGUUCGGCACAGGAUAAUGAAAAGGAUACGGCACAGUUUAAAUUUUCUCAAGCACCAACGAGCCCAUUACCGGAACGAAAGCGUAAAUCAAUUGCCAAAGAGGAUGAAAAUAAAAUUGAAAUAGCGCCUAAGGCUGAGAAGUCAACCACUGAUGUAAUAAGUUCGAAGCCGAAAAUCAUAUCGGCUGUUGAAAAAAGCAUUUUGAAAGAUGAAAGAGGUGGCGGCGGUAAACCAUUUUCGGUACAAUCAACACCGAGCAAAACGAGCAGCAAUGUUUUACAGCCGAUGAGCUAUUUAACAAUGAAUCGACGACCAAGUGCUGGAACUUUAAUUGGUGUGCCAGUUGCGGCCUUAUCACAGCAUCGUCGAAGCUUACAACUUAAUAGCUCUGAAGGGGGCUUUGGUGGAAUUCCAAAGUUUUUUGAACGCCCUAUCAGUCCCAGAAGUGUUCGACGUACUUCAAAAACCGCUGAAAAAAUUAAAAAGACCCUUUUCGGAACACCUUCAAAAGAUGGCUCUAGACGAUUUUCCGAGAGUGAUGACGACGCAGCGAACAGUACUGCGUUUUUUACAACACCACGUGGUUCGGUUGGUGGUUCAUCCUACGGAACGAUUUCUCCACGUGCAUCAAUUCAGCAUGAUGCCAUUCCAUGCAGCAGUAAGGUUGGCGUCGUAAUCACAUCAUAUAGACAAUCUCAUCGAAGUUUUGGACCAGACCCUUUGUGGAGUAGCACGUCUACUGCGGCGGCGGCGUUUGCAAUAGCCACUUCAGCAUCCAGUAAUCCCCGUGACGAUGCAUUCGAACAAGCGACCAUCAAAGAAAAUGAAGAACGUAAUAUGGUCAGCUCUCCAGCAACAAUUCGUGUUUUGAAUGUAUUGCGGCAUUGGAUUUCCAAACACUUUCAAGAUUUUGCACAAGAUGCUGAAUUAAGAACCGAAACUAUAAAUUUUUUAGAAAGAGUAACAAUAACCACACACCUAUUGCCAGUAGAAAUUCGAGCCGCCGAACAGCUUAUUCGGCUUUUAUGUCGCGACGAUAUGAAAAAUAUGAAAAAUAGACAACAAAAACUACAGGAACUAUUAGAACCACCAAAGAGUCCAAGCAAAGAAAGUAUCGAAACGUUAUCGGCUCUCGAAAUUGCUGAGCAAAUGACAUAUUUAGAUCAUCAGAUUUUUGUAAACAUUCGUAGCGAAGAGUUUCUCGGACAGGCUUGGAUGAAAUCGAGCAAAAAAACGCAAGCCGAACACAUUUCACUAAUGACGAAGAGAUUCAACGAUGGCACAAGGCUUAUUUGCUCAGAAAUCAUAUCGCGGAAUAAUAUGCAAGCACGUGUUUUGGCCAUCGAAAAGUGGACUGCUGUCGGAGAUAUCAAUCGUUGUUUACACAACUUCAAUGGAGUUUUACAAGUCUGUGCAGCUUUUACAAACGCGGCCGUUUUUCGAUUGAAGAAAACAUGGGAUAAAGUGCCAAAAACGAUCAAACACACAAUAUCAAAACUUCAGGCAGUUGUUUGUUCGGAUGGUCGCUUCCGAAGCAUGCGUGAAGCGUUACAUUGUUGUGAUCCACCAUGUAUACCGUACUUGGGCAUGUAUCUUACCGAUUUAAGCUUCAUUGAAGAGGGCACACCUGAUUUUACACCCGAUGGCCUGCUGAACUUUUCCAAAAUGAGAAUGUUGGCUCAUGUAAUUCGGGAGAUUCGUCACUUUCAACAAACUCCCUAUAAGAUCGAGCACAUACCAAAAGUAACAUCAUACCUUCUAGAUGCAUCAUUAUUAUUGGACGACGAUGAAUUGUACUCGAAAUCACUGCAGAUUGAACCGCGAACAUCACGCUUGAGUGCACCAAAUACAUUACUCGUCUGAAAGUUCAUCAAAGAUAGUAUAGACAUUGAAAAAUAAAUCGGCAUUCAUUUCUUAUCAUCAGUUUAUGUUCAUUAUCCUCAAGAUUUAAAUGUUAGGUAUUAUCAAAAUAUAAUAAGUGGUUUAAUUCGAAUUUCGAUUUUGGACGAAAAACAAUUUAUUCUAUCUUAGUUGGAAAUUAUACGGAGAGAGGCAAAACAAGUGGCUUUAAUUUUAAAAAUUGAUAACAUGUUAUAAGUUUACCUUGUUUUCCUCCAAAACUGAAUGAAUUUAAUUCAAAAUUCGAUGUGAUGAAUAUUGAAUAUAGAUAAC